GUCCCCCCUUGGGCGGGGCAGGGCCGGCCGGGGAGGGGGCGCGGGGCCUUUGUUAGGGAGCCAGGCCCCAGCCCCCGGGACAAUAGAGACACCCUCCCGGACUCCUCUGCCCGGUUGGGCCGGGCCGCCGGCAGGCCGGGCAGGAACGGGGCCGGGACGCGUCCCACUCUGCCCACUCUCGGGGGGUCGGUCUGGCCCGGCCCGGCCCGGCGCCGGCCUCGGGCGGCUCGGCUCUCCUCCCCCCAGUCGGUAUGAUGCCGCAGCAGUGCCGCAGGGACGGGGGAAGAGCCGAGGCCCGGCCUCCUACCCUGCCCAGUGCCCCUGGCUCAUUUGUCAGUCCCCACCCCACGGGAGGCUGGCAGCUCCUGAAACUCGUACCCACCGUUCCCAGGGGCCCCGGACUGUGGGCGCUGUUUCGGAAUCCUUUGGUGGGGCGUGCUGGACUUUGGGGCUCUUGGAGAGACUUCCGGGCAGGUCCUGAGGGAGGGCGGGUGGUUCUCGGAAGGAAGAACAGGUAAGGGGAGUGCCCUGCUGCUGGCAUGGCGUGCCAGCCCACCACGCGCCGGCCCCCGUGCUCGCGCGGCGGUGGCGGCGGGGCCGCAGCUGGCGAUGCCCUUUUGCGCUGGGUUUCUGCGGGCUGUGCCCGUGUUGCGGAGCGGCCGGCUCGUUUCCAGGGAGGACCGAGUGGGGUGAAGGUUGUAGGGUCCUAGGGCCAACGCCACUUCUGGUAGCAGUACCCCCCCAAGUGGACAUACUGGCUGAGAACAGAGGUGACCAGAGAGAGCCUUAGGGAAAGGGGGUUGUAUUUAGGAGUCUGUGCAGUUCUCUGCCACACCCUGUGGGUUUGCUUUGGGGCCUUGGAGUUCCUUCUCCGUCUGCUGCAUUGCACCAUGGGUACCAGAGAGGGGUUUGAGUUUGGGGGGCCUGGGGUGAGUGGUGGCCUUGGACUGUGCCUGGCAGGGGAGUGCGGGGCCUGAGCUGAGGCCUGGAAGGACUAGGCCAGCACCCUUGGGCCUCAGGCCUGAGAGAGCCUGGUGCCCAGCUUCAGCUCUGGGCCCCGAGGUGCCAGGAUUCACAGCGACACCCCACCCCCGUUUGUGCAGCCGUGUUGCCGCCCGCUGUGCUAUGAGCAGUCAGAGCGCCGUCUCCACCAGAGUUUACAAAUGAAAAUGGAGGAAAUGUCUUUGUCUGGCCUGGAUAACAGCAAACUAGAGGCCAUCGCUCAGGAGAUCUACGCGGACCUGGUAGAGGAUUCUUGCUUGGGAUUCUGCUUUGAGGUGCACCGGGCUGUCAAGUGUGGCUACUUCUUUUUGGAUGACACGGACCCUGAGAGCAUGAAGGAUUUUGAGAUCGUGGACCAGCCGGGCUUGGACAUCUUUGGACAGGUUUUCAACCAGUGGAAGAGUAAGGAGUGUGUGUGCCCCAACUGCAGCCGCAGCAUAGCUGCCUCCCGCUUUGCCCCCCACCUGGAGAAGUGCCUGGGAAUGGGUCGGAACAGCAGCCGGAUCGCCAACCGCCGGAUUGCCAACAGCAACAACAUGAACAAGUCUGAAAGUGACCAGGAGGAUAAUGAUGACAUCAAUGACAAUGACUGGUCCUAUGGCUCAGAGAAGAAAGCCAAGAAGAGGAAAUCAGACAAGCUAUGGUAUCUCCCAUUCCAGAACCCCAAUUCCCCUCGAAGAUCCAAGUCUUUAAAACACAAAAAUGGGUUCUCUGUCUGUACCUCUGCAUCAAACACCCUUCCCCUUCUUUUUUCUUCUUCAGGGGAACUUAGCAAUUCGGAUCCUUUUAAGUAUAACAACUCCACUGGGAUCAGCUAUGAGACCCUGGGGCCCGAGGAGCUGCGGAGCCUGCUCACCACGCAAUGUGGGGUGAUCUCGGAACACACCAAGAAGAUGUGCACAAGGUCCCUACGCUGCCCCCAGCAUACGGAUGAGCAGAGGCGAACCGUGCGAAUUUACUUCCUCGGGCCCUCAGCUGUCCUGUCAGAGGUCGAGAGCUCCCUGGAUAAUGACAGCUUUGACAUGACUGACAGCCAGGCCCUGAUCAGCCGGCUCCAGUGGGACGGCUCCUCUGAUCUAUCACCCUCUGAUUCAGGCUCCUCCAAGACGAGUGAAAAUCAGGGAUGGGGUCUAGGUACCAAUAGCUCGGAGUCUCGGAAAACCAAGAAAAAGAAAUCCCAUCUGAGCCUGGUAGGGACUGCCUCUGGCCUGGGCUCCAACAAAAAGAAGAAGCCAAAGCCCCCAGCGCCCCCGACGCCUAGCAUCUAUGAUGACAUCAACUGACUUGGGUGCAAAGGAUAGCCUUUGGCUGAGAAGAGCCCUGUGUCCCAACCCCCACCCAGGUGGCACAGCCUGGCAAACGGACGGCUGCUGGGGGUUUGGGCUUGGGAAGGUUGGUGGGCCCAGCAGGCAGAGGAUCCAAUUAUGCACCCCUGGGGGGUGUCAGGGUCUUCUGUGAUGGAGCACGACUCCUCGGUGUGCAGGACUCAGACCUGGACAUAUUAUGCCUUGGACAUAAGUUUGGUGGGGAGGCGGUAUUCCUAUUUAUUCUGUGAGUUACUGGACGUCCAGCUAGGCCAGGGGCCUGACCUGGGCACUGUGCCAGGGCACUGCCUGCCUCCCACCCCAGGAACUGGACUAAGCCCUGCCGAGGGGCAUUGUGGCUCCCUGGAGGCUGUGGGUUGGAAGCUGAGCCUGGAGGGGCCUCCCCUGCCCCAGGCUGCCCUCAGCAAUGUGAAUGGGUCUGGUGCUUGGAGCUGAGGGGCAGGGCUGGGCAUGUCCUGUCUGUGUGCAGAAUCCUAUCAAAUGCCCCCAAUCCCAGGGGCAAGCAGGCAGCCAGUGCGCUGUCUGCUGAGGUGGGCGUCCAGAACUGCCGCCACCUUCCCUGCCUCUCACAGGGGCAGCCCUUUCCCCUCAGUCCCCAUGGGCCUCCUUGGCAGCAGGAGCUGUCCUUUUGUUGUUGGGUGCCAGGAAAGGGCCUCUGGCCUCUACAGCUUCAAGGGGCAGGAGAGGGGAGGGUAAGAAGAGGGAGUGGUGUGGAUCAGAGCUACUCCCCUCUGCCUCUCCUCCCUGCCCCGGGGCUGGUGAGCAGUGGGGCCCAAGGUGAGAGGGAACGGUGCUGCUUUAUUUGACAUGUUUUCUUACCUCAUUCCCUGCCCCAGGAAGGGGCCCAGCCUCACCCUCCUGGGGUGGCCCCACAGUCCUCCUGCCCACCCUGCCCUGCUGGGGCAGCCCAGGUCCCCAACUGCUGCUGCCACCCCUUCACCUUGACCAGCUUCAGUUCCUCUCAGUGCUCCUCCCUCCAGAGCCUGCCCUGUGUCCCCUCCCUUCGCCGCUUUUAAGUUAUUUAUUCUGUACUUGUGGUUCGGGGCUCUGAGGAAAACCUGACUCUUGUGCCUCUCCCCCUUUGCUAGGAGUGGGGUGGGAAGAGAGGGUGGUCUUCGUGCCCUGGAUUGUCAGAGGACAAAGGGGUGUCAUGCCCCUCUGGGGACUGUUGCACCAGUAUGCCCACCUGCCUGGUCUACAUCUGGAAGAGAUGUACCGCCCCACCUCCAGUGGGCACCAGCACUCCCAGGAGCCGAGCUGGAGGACUGCGGUCUGGUCUGAGCAGAGCUGACUGACCCAGGGAUGGAGCUGACACUGAGCCCAGUUCUUUGGCGCUUCCUGGACACAUCCCUGCCCUCCUCCCAGGAGCCAUCCCAUGGGUUGGGUAGCUAGUACCCAGGACUGGUUGGACUGACUGGGGUUAGGGACCCUUGAGGGCUAAGGGAGCAACAGAGGUGGGGCUGUGGGGCCCUGUCUGAAACCCCAGGCCCCUGUUGGGGUUGUUUUCAUUGUGGCUGAUGCCUGGUUACAGAUUGGUUUUUAACCCAAGAAUGAUUAUUUUUUAAAAAGCCAAACAUACUUUGGCAGCAGAUAGAAUAAAUCCUGGGGCCCAGGCGCCUCUGUUCUUGGCUCUACACAGCCUUCUCCCUCCGUGGGGGAAGCCAGAGGAAGAGGAGCAUCUCAGCACGGCCAUGGCCAACGGCCACUCUCCCUCCUGGGAGGCAGCUGCAGCUCAGACCCUAGCAUCCCCCUUCCCUUCUGGCCUCACCCUUCCCCCCUCUUCUGGUUGGAAAAGGGAGAAGUGGGGAGCAGUCUGGGAACUGGUUUGUUCACAUAAACGUCCCCCUUGGUCCUUGGCCCACCCUCAGGGCAGAGUCCCAUGCCCAGGCUGGGUAAGAGAUGGGCUUGGUCCAGCAGGAACCCUGAGGGAACAAGCAGAUCCCUUUCUUCUGGGGAGUGUGCCCCCCCCCUACCAUGUAGUUGAACAGGGGCCAGGAGCUCCCCACUUACCUCCCUCUAACAGCAGGCUGUGUGGGUUUCAAUUCCCAUCCUUCCCACCCUGGCUAGGUGUUGUCCACCCUGUAUCCUAUCAUGUGUCUGAGUGUGUGGGGGGUUCUGUACUAAUUCCCAUGGCCGGUGGCUUUUUCCUUCCAUGCAUCACUCCCCCCCGCAUGCCCAGGGGCCGCCCGCCUGGCAUUACCGCAUGCUGGGGUCAUUGGGGGAGGGGGGUGGGGCUCACGCUGUCCUGUGGUCUUGAGAUUUUUAUUUUUGCAUAUGUAAUCCAUCCUGUACAGGUAGCUAACUUUGUAAACGCUGUGUAUUCCCUUUGCCCCCAUGGCUGCUGGUGUAAAUAAACUGCAACUCCCGUUGGUAA